AGCAUGUAAAACUCAGAGUAAAAAUUAAAACACUUUCUGAAAUAAUUUUACAUUAAUAUGACCAUUUACACAUUACAUUAAUUUAAUCCAAGUUUUGAAUUUCGCAACAGUCGUGAUCAAAAUAAGAUAUAAUAAAAGCAUAUAUUUGUCAAAAGAUUAAUAACAACGAUACAAUAUUGAAGAACAACACAUGGAUUAUUAUAUUUACGAUCCGAAAACGGACGAUUUUACCAAUAAGUCAGUUAUAAUGACUCGCAGUUCGCAUAACAAAGCUUUAUUAGCACAGAAUUCAAAACAACGUAUCCCGGUGAAGAAAAUUCGAUAUUAUUUGUGGCCUUUUGUUUUCGGCGUAAAUCUGUAUGAUUUUCUGGGUCUAUGUCAUCUAGUGCCAACACAUAGUCUUCAUCUUUCACGUCCGUUUUUAAUGAGCACCUCCCCCUUCCAAGUUUUCCAUAAAAAAGCAAACACAGGAAUAUGACUUGCCAAUGAUUUCAAAUUGAUAGGGAACAUCCUUUUAUUUAUAAAUUGAUAUUCCUGUUACUUUUUGUUUGUGACACACUCAAUUAACUGUAAUUAACAAUUUUGAAUUAAAAUAUAUUAAACUGACGUUGGUUACUGUA